GAGCACAGUGGAACGUCAUAUCGCACAGACUAUAAACGUGCAGAGAGGAACCGGCAAGAGCUGUUGGUAGCAAGAGGAUUACUCAAAGGUUAAAGAAAGGUCAAGGACUUGCAAAAAGGCUGACCGUAGAAGAACGUUUAGAAGAACAGUGCACAGCCCGCCAAAGCUUCAGGAAUGCUUUCCACGGUCAUCUCCGCUGCAUAUUUGACUCUAUGGAUCAGUUCUUCUGUCUUUACCUCAGCGCAGGACCCCUACAUGGACAGGGCUCUGAAGCUGAUGUCUGAGACCCCUCUCAUCGAUGGCCAUAACGACCUGCCGUGGCAGCUCCGACAGCAGUUCAACAACCAGCUGAGCAACGUUGAUCUCAACACUUUGAAAACAACACAUACCAACAUCCCUAAAAUCAAGGAGGGACGGCUGGGAGCACAGUUUUGGUCGGCCUACGUUCCCUGUGAGUCUCAGUACAAAGACGCUGUCAGACAAACACUGGAGCAGAUAGAUGUGGUUCACAGGAUGUGUGAAAAAUACAAUGAAACCUUCAUGUUUGCCACGAGUAGUGAAGAGAUCAUGGAGGCUUUCAACACCAAUAGGACAGCCAGUCUGAUCGGGGUGGAGGGGGGUCACUCCCUGGACAGCAGCCUGGCCACUCUGCGCAUCAUGUACCAGCUGGGGGUCCGUUACCUCACGCUCACACACUCCUGCAACACACCGUGGGCUGAUAACUGGCUUGUUGACACUGGAUCAGAGCCAUCGCAACACAGUGGCCUGUCUGCUUUUGGCAAGCAACUGAUAGUGGAAAUGAACCGCCUGGGGAUGCUCAUCGACCUGGCCCAUGUGACUGAAGCCGUGAUGAACCAGGUUCUCAACAUGUCUCAAGCUCCGGUCAUCUUCAGCCACUCCUCCGCCUACAGCAUCUGCCCGCACAAGAGGAACGUCCCCGAUGACGUUCUCCUUAAAGUGAAAGCAAAGGAAGGCAUCGUUAUGGUGAACUUCUACAAUGAUUACGUGACCUGCAGCAAAACCGCCAAGAUCUCAGACGUUGCCGAUCACUUUGACCAUAUAAAGAAAGUGGCCGGCGCGGGCAUCAUUGGCUUUGGUGGAGAUUACGACGGCGUAACCAGACUGCCAGAGGGUCUGGAGGAUGUGUCCAAGGUGCCCAAAGUGGUGGCCGAGCUGCUGAGGAGAGGAUGGACUGACGAGGAGGUGAAUGCUGCUCUGGGAAAAAACCUGCUCAGAGUCUUAAGCCAAGCGGAGAAGGUCAGGGACGCUCUCACUUGGAAGAGUCCAGAUGACGUCCCUAUUCGAUAUGAUGAGGUGAAGAAUUCGUGUAGGACGAGCUAUGGUUACAUCCCUGAAGAGGACCACAGCGCUGCAGCAGACCACUCCCUCAGCGCACUGUCCCUUCUGCUCACACUCGCUACCCAAGCCGUGAUCACAUUAAGUGUUUCAUAGGCUGUUUAUCACUGCAGCUAAUGGUACGUCGAUCCUUUACAUGUGCCUACUAAUAAAGUCUGAUUUUAAGGUCUGGAUGCUUUUCUCAUG